GUCCGGGCCCAAAGCGCCGCCCCCGCCUCGGUCUUGGAUCGAUCGAGCUUUGCAGCACGUGGGAAGCAAAAGUUUUCCUCCCCCCCCCGCCCCGCUGCCCGCCGCUGCUCCCCGCCCCGGGUGCCCGCCGGCGCAGCAGCUCCCCGGGACCAGGCUCGGGCGCCUCGCUGCGCCCUUUGCAGCUGCGCUGCUCCGCCCCGGGGACUUCGGGGCGGUCUGUGCCCCGCUCCCCCGCGGGCUCUGAGCAGUGAGAGGCCACCGGCCGCUGGGGGGAAACAGCCGCCCCCAGCCAGGGGCACCCGGGGACGGGAGGAACCUCGGGGAUGUGUCGUUCGCGGGCGGCGUGUUCGAGCUUCGCCCGGCGGCUUUAGCGGAGGCGGGGAAGCGCCGCGGCUCCGGUCUCGGCAUGGGGACGGGCAUGUGCUCGAGGCGGCAGAAGGGGCUGCUGCAGACCGGCUUCUGCCUGGUGGCGGUGGCGUGCGUGGGCGCCGGAGUUUUCACGUACGGUCACCUGCAGCAGAAGGCGAGGAGCGCCGAAGCCCUGGCUCUGAAAUUCAAACAGCAGCAGGAAGCUCUGUCCGCCCAGCUCCAAGUUGUGUACGAGCACAGAUCACGGCUCGAACGAUCCCUGCAGAAAGAGCGAGGGGAGCACAAGAAGACUAAAGAAGAUUUUUUGGUGUAUAAAUUAGAAGCUCAAGAGGCACUCAACAAAGAGAAGCAAGAUUCUAUGAACAGAUAUGGGGCCCUCAGUUCACAGCAUAAGAUACUGAAGAACCAGCACGAAGACGUCAAGAAACAGCUGCUCGACCUGCAGCUGCAGCACAACAGCUUGAAACUAGAGCAUCGCAAGACGCUGGAGACCCACAGCCAGAAAUACACACAGCUGCAGCGGGAGAAGGAGAGUGAAGUCACGGGUUUGCAGGAUACUGUCUUCAAACUCAGAGAGGAGAGCAAGCUUCUCCGGCAGGCCCACCAGGAUGUCCACUCUCAGCUCCUUGAUGCUCAGACCCAGAUGGAGGAGUUCAGGCAGCUCAAGGAAGCUCUGCAGAAGAUGCCAAGUUUCAAGGAAGUGGGACCGGCGAAGGGGCACGAGCAGCUCCGGGCAGUGAAGGAACAGCCCCCGGUGCCGGGCAGCAACCAUUUGCAGCUCUCUAGGCAGAAGGUGUUUGCAGCCAACGGGGCCAAAAUGCCGCAGAGCCCCAUGGAUCAGGAGAAGCCCGCUGGUGGGAGCCUGAUGAGACCACAGAUCUCGGGGGUCAGGAGCCAGGGAGAGGGGACUCUGCCCCAAGGCCAGACCUCGCAUAAUAAUGAUGGCCCCAGGCCUCAGAGCGAUGUGCUGUUCGCCCAUCCGGCCCCACUGCAGGAAGCCAACCCACCACCAGCAGCCCGGCCGCAGGGACACGGGGACAGCCCUGUGAUCCGCUUCACCCGGACAGUGAACAGUGUGCAGAAUGGGAACUCGGAUGACAAGGUGGUGGUGAGCAUUCAGGGGAAAACCAGUGAGGAAAACCAUGCUCCCAGAGGGGUGGUGCCUAAUCUGAAACGCCCAUCUACGUUGGAGAAGGAGGCGGCUCCAGCCAACCAUCCCUCGGCAGGGAACAAACCGGCGCAGAUGCAAAGCUGGCAAGACAUUGUUAACAAAGUGAAUGCCCGAAUGGACGAGGAACAAGUGCACGGUUACCCAAAGCACCUUCACUUUGACACCAGAUCUGAGCAGAAUGGCAAUCUGUUGCUGGCCAAUCAACAAAGAGGGGUGGAGCAUCCGAUAGCCAAUCGGGAAGGAGACAAGGAAGGGACAGAUGAUGAGGAACUCGAGAUGGAUGCUGGGAUGAUCGAAAGAGAAGAGACUAUGCACAUGCGAAAAGAGGCGGUGGUCCAGGAGCCAAUGAUGCCUGAUGAUGCUGCAGACCCUGCUCAGGACCCCAAUAACCAAGGGGAAGAUGAGUUUGAGGAGGCCGAGCUGGAGAGGCCGGAUUUUGAGGAGAAGGUGGUCCAAUCAGACAAAUACAAGGAACCCAGCGUGCUAGGGAAAGAGGAGACAAAGAAGCCACUGAAGGGUGCCGCUGGGCCAGACAAAGCCAGGGAAGAGCCAAUGGACGACUACCAAGAAGAUCAGGAGCAAGAAAUUGAGGAUCACGGAGGGGAGGUGGACGAUAACGAGGACCUGGAGCUAGUGCAGGAGCACAAGGACCGUGGGGGCGUCCCAGGAGCUGAGAGCAAGAAGGACGAUUACUACUGAGGGUGCCAGCGGCUCAGAGCGCCUGGGAGGAGAAUGGCAUGUUAUGGGAGCAGGAGGGAGGAGUUGCAGGAAUCUCCUCGAGAGACUUGGCUCCGGUAUGACCUUCCGAAGGCGAGGCCGGAGGAACGUGUGGUCAGCCCACAAGCAGGCCGCUUCCAAAGGCACAUUGUGUGUGUGUUCCCGGUGCAAUCUUGGCCACGCCGCCCGCUGGCAGAGAAAGCAGAAGUGCUCUCCGACCCCUGGCGCGGCCACAUCCUGCUGCUUCUUUUGGGGGCGCUUAUUGAUCCCCCCCCCCGUUUAUUAUUCCCCACUCCCCUGUUUCAGAUGAAGGUUUUUUUUGGUUUUUUUUGUUGUUCAUUUUUUUACUGCUUGGGGCACGGGAGAGGCAGAUGUCUGCAGAACUACGAGACACCAGUGGUUGCACUGGCCCAGCCUGCUGCCCUGGACUCACUUGGCUGAUCUCUAAUACAAAGGAAUCUCUUUAUAAAUCCUUUGGUUAAUGGUGCUUCUUUAAAA